ACUUCUCUUUUUAGAAGCCGUAUUCAUGCAUUCCAUGGUGUAGGCAGUAUAGGGUUUGUGUUCCCAGGUACGUUCAGCUGAGUUCCUCUGCGCUAACCGUUCAGAUCAACUGUGGAGAGAAUAUGUGGCCAUCCUGGGCUAGGACCGAGUAGAAGAGUAUCUAGGAUCAGUUUAGAUAGCUAGCUAGUUGCAGUCAAGGAUGAGUAGUUGGCUACAGAAGAGAAGGAGUCCAAGACCGUCUGCCAGUCCCCAUCCUGACAUGGUGGGGAGUGGGAGCCCGGGUCCUGUGGAGGUGCGGCUGCACUGUGAUGAGGGAGGUCUUAAAAACCCGAUGGAUUGGGGGACCGUACCCACAGCACUGCAGGAGAAGUUCCCUCAUUGGAAGAAGACUGUGUCUGAUGACAAGCAGUCAUCUCAGGUAUCACUGGGACGUGACAUGGAUCCUUCCAUUCACUUCUCCAGUUCAUUCAAGGCCCCUGACUUCACCAUACCCUAUAUGGUGAUGGACAGAGAUACUCUGAACAGUAUAGCCAUCAAGUUUGAGACAACACCUGGUGACAUUGCUCGAAUCAACCGCAAGCAUCAGGGUCCAUCAUGGCACAUCUUUCCAGGAGAUGUCAUCUAUGUACCAGACACCGAGAACAUGCCCAAGCCCCCGUCACCGUCACCCCCUCCACCCCCGGAGUCACCACCCCCUGUGAAUAAUGAGCGAGGGGUCACCCCUCUCAACUGGGCUACUGAUGUUGAAGAGGAGGUCACUGACACACACUUAUCUAUCGUAUGCAAGUUCAUGAGUGAUGAUCAGGGUUGUAUCCAUGGCUCUCUUGUACUCAACCACAUGGCUCUGAUGUUCACACCACACCUCAUGGACCCUCUGGUUAUGGAACUUGGAGCAAUGCGUUUUGAAAUUGUCUUACCCAUUGUUGACAUCACUUACGCUGCCCUCACCAAGGACGCGGCCCCACCCACCAGGCGGUCUCAGACGCACAUCUCUGAGGGCAGCAGUGAUGGGCGUGUCACUAUCAGUGAGAAUAGUGUGGAGCUGGACCUGAGUCUGGACAAGAUUAUUGUGUCAGAUGAUCUACAAAAUGUACCUGUCAUCACCUUCAGCAGAGCCAGCCUAAAUGAAGACUCCCCAGCCAGCCUUGAUGAGGACCCCCAAGCCAGCCUCGGUAAAGACCCCCCAGCCAACCUCGAUGAGGAUCCCCAAGCCAGCCUCGGUAAAGACCCCCCAGCCAGCCUCGAUGAGGACCUCCCAGGGAGCAGCAUGGACCCCCCAGCCAGCCUUGAGGAGGAGGACACCAGUGAGAGGCGUGAGGAUGAUGCAACUACCAUACACAAUACAAGUGGAGACGGUGAACUCUCCAUUGUCACUCUCAAGGGAGACAAUGAUGAUCCCCCAGCAAGUGUUGAAGACCCCUCAGCAAGCAACAGCCUCGGCUGCCCAUCAUGUGAGAGCCUACUAUCUGACGAGCCAGUGUUCCUUCACGUCCACGUGUGCCCCAAGCCCGGGACCACCUACACUUACACUCCCAUCAACAGUGCAGUGGGCAUUGACAUACCCAAGGGGGAGGGACCUCGCUCCAAACGCUCCCCAUCCGUACAGCAGGUCAAGACUUGCUUCUGCUUUGCUUUCACUGAGAAGAGGGCCUAUGAUGUCGUGCAGUUCAUCAAGGCACACCAUCCUAAACCAUUGACCACACCCAGUCUCGGCGCAUGGACGGAGGGAACGUUUGAGUUCAUCUGCUCUGACCAAGUGGCCCCACAAGGGCUUGAUUUCUGUGAGGAUCAUUUCGACACAUCUUCAUGGGAGAUCAUGAGCCUACAGGACCUGCACAAGUACAGGAGACGACUGUCGGCCAUGGAGGACCUUGACCUCCCACCCCCCACACUCUCAGAGGAAUCACAGUUGCUAGUAGAGGGACACUUAAAGAAGUUGGUAGCCAUCCUCCCGGCUGCUGCAGUGGGCCGCCAGUGGGUGCUGGUAUACAGCACAUUUCGUGAUGGCAUUAGUCUCCGUACAAUGUACCGAAACAUGGUGGCCUUUGAGAACGAAGACAGCCCCGUGGUACUGGUUGUCAGGGAUGACCAACUCAAGAUAUUUGGUGCUGUGACAACGUGUCCAGUGCGUAUCAGUGAUAAGUUCUACGGUCGCGGAGAAUCGUCACUGUUCAGUUUUGAGUCUCCCACGGAGAUGCAGCACUAUUACUGGACUGGAGGCAACCAUUACUUUGUCAAGGGCAACAGCACCAGUCUAUCCAUUGGAAGUGGAGAUGGCCACCCUGGACUGUGGAUCGACGAAAACUUCUAUCAUGGCUCUAGUUACGAGUGCUCCACAUUCAACAAUCAAUGCUUAGCUAGCUCUCAAGACUUCAUCUGCACUGGUGUAGAGGCCUGGGGCUUUUUAUAGCACUGUGUAUGUCCUAUUGAUGAGUGGUCGUGUAGCUAGCUAUGUAUUUGUGCAAUUCAUUUUUGUUUGUCUAGUCUAUUGAUGUUGUGCACGAUGAAACCCUACAAGCUAGA